CAGGCACCCCUGGAAAACGCGCUAAGUUGCUGCUCCAAACUGUCGCGCGAGAAAAACAACCGCACCGUCAAACACGACAACAGAACAAAGAACCGUCAAUAUCCACCAUCCCUGAGACACAGAAUCACGGCGACAUGGAUAACACGGUCAAUGCGGUCAGCACGACGCUGCAUCACGUCCUCUUCUUCCUCUACAGAAACAAGCCGCAAGACGACAGCAGCUCACCCACCGACUCGACCCCAUCAAACGCCGGCCACGAAAUGUCGAACGGAACCUCUGUCAGCAAUGGUCCAGGCUCCACCCCAACUACUCGUGCUUCAACGCCGGCGAGUGGCGCUUCUGAUCGAGCCACCUCGAAGGGCAACGCCUCGCCACUGAAAGCAGAUGCGCCGGAUUUCGUGCCUCGCACUGUUGCCCAACCACUGUUCGAGUUACGAGCCAGUGCAGGCAAAGGUCUCGGCGUCUUCGCAUGUCAGUACAUCCCUCGCGGCACUCGAAUCAUCUGCGAGAAGCCUCUCCUUGAGAUCGCUCAGGGCAAUCUCGACCUCGCCUACCACGAGUACCUUCGCCUCUCGCCCACCAAGAAGGCCGCGUUCGAUGCGCUGCACAGCUUUUUGCCGCCUCAUCUCGAUGCCGAGCACGCAGCCAGAGUCUGCGCGCUCCAUCGCCAGAUUCGCGAGGCAGACUUGGAGCAGUACCUGUCCGAGCACGUCCGUGUGAUCUCCAUCUUCGCUUGCAACACCUUCAUACUCGCCAAUGGCAACCUGGGAGUCUUCGAAGUUUCAUCGCGCUUGAAUCACUCGUGCGUUCCCAACGUACACCAUACCAACAACCCAGUUCUUGGUAAGCAGACCGUACAAGCUGUGCGCGACAUCAAGCCUGGUGAAGAACUUCAGGUGAAUUACCUGGGCGCAGGAGCUGGGUAUGAGAUGCAGCAUCUCCGUCUACCGAAACUCUACGAUCUAUACGGAUUCCACUGCACUUGCGUUGCUUGCUCUGACCCCACUGGCAUGUCUGAUCAGAGACGCGAGCUCCUCAACGGUAUCUUCUGGGGCUUGAAUGAGUACAUGCAUGGUACGGCUCCUGACGGACGCUUCGUCCCCGCCUCGCCAGCCAUGGCCCUGGUCCAGGCUGAGGACGGGAUUCGCUUCAUGAUUGAGGAGCAGCUUCUAUGCACUCAACUCAUGAAGGCUUACCGCUUCGCUUCGACUACUGCACUCGCGGUUGGCAAUUACGAGAGCGCACUCGAGUAUGCCUUCAACGAGGGAGAAGUGGAGUACAACGUGUUGGGCGUUGAAGUAGAUGACCUUUGGAGCAUCAACAUGGCCGCCAAGCAGUGGAUCGAGAAGGUCUACACGACCGCGAGGGGCGCUGGCCAUUGCUUCGAGGCGGCCUUCUUGCAAACUUUGUCGGGGUAUGCUCAGAGAGCCGUUCGGUCUCUGGAGCGCAAUUUGAGCGGACAUCGUGGCCUCAACAAGAAGAAGAGCAAGAAGAACUUCAAGCAUGCACAGAAGAAGAGUGUCCCUCAUGCCGGAGAGCAGGGCCCUACCCUCACCGAGAAGGGCACCAACUAUGCACAGAAGAAGAGCAACACUCAUGCACAGAAGAAGCAGAACGGCUCCCCACGCAAGCAGGCUACUCAGGAUGAGAAUGUCGCGCCAAAAGGAGCUGCCAGCGAGGGCUUCAAGGACUAAUCUGCAUAUGUUUGUGCAUUGCUUCUCUGUGUUUGAGGGUGCUUGGGUACGGCGUUUUUGAUAACAACGGGUUUGGCGGUACAUUGACUUCUGUCUGGCGGACGGGCGCAACGCAUGCGUAAGUCGCAAUGGGCAACGAAACGCAGGAGUUUGUAAAAGAGAUUGCUUUGCAGCGUACAAUAAAUAAUAACAAUGCCAUGGACACGCA